UCAAUGUUGACCGCAAGGUAUGAUAAAUUUUGUUUUUCAAUUUAUUUGCAAAUUUGUCAUGUAAAAAAUGACAUAACUAUUUUUUUUUUGUUCCAGAUCUGUUUUAGGCAUUCAUGCCGGACAAAAUUGAUUGGUAGUUUGAAUAACAAGUUAACAGAUGAGCAAAAAUCAUUUAUCCGAGGAACACCAUUUGGAUGGAUGGUUGAGUUGACAGAGUCUGUUAAAAUAUCUAGGAAUCUUUUGACUCCGUUAAUCAGUAGGUGGGUUGAAAGGUUGGGGGGGUUUGACAUGAGUGCACAAGUUGUUGGAUUUACCUAUUUAGAUGUAUGUCUUGGUCUAGGUUUGAGGGUGGUGGGUGAGAACAUUGAUUUAAACCAGGAAGGGUUAAAUAGUGAUUCAAGGAAUUUAUUUGGAGCUUCCCAAGUUGUUGAUAUCGACAUGGUAUAUGAUUACAUCUUGAAACAUAUUAAAGUGCUUUGUUUAGAGGAUUUUGGUAAGCUUUAUGUUUUGUUAGCAAUUUCUGAGUUUUUGUUGCCCAAUCGUAAUGGAACAAUUUUUUCUAUUUUGUUUAACAUUGUUGAUGACCUGGGUAGUAUUGGGAAAUUUAAUUGGGGUCGAGUGGUGUAUGAGUUUUUGGUUGGCAGUAUAUGUGAAGCUAAAUUGUUCUUGAAGGAGAAACAAAGUACCAAACACUUCCACGUAGCUGGAUGUGUUUAUUUGUUACAGUUAUGGUCUUUUGACCAUUUUUUGAUACCGAAUUUAAAGGAUUGUCAGCGCACGACAAAGUUUCCCCGAAUCUUGCAUUGGAUGGAAAUGAAAGCAGGGGACAAUGUAAUUAAAAGGAGUUUGACAAAUAACACUGUUGUUGCAGAUGUUGCUGCCUCUGCAGAAGAGCUGACCAAUCCCUUUGUUAAAGAAGGGUUUGAGGUAUACGGACGUCAAAGUAAGGGUACUAAAAUAGUUGACUUAAUUAAAGCUGUCGAACAACAAGAAAGUGUGCUAGGGGAAUUGCAAAAAGAACUUGAAGACUUGAAUGCAAUGAUGAUUGAGAGGAAGAACCAACGCCAGCACCAGCAGGGCAAAAUGAAUUUUUCUGACUUUGGUGAAGCAAGUGCUGGUCAUUCGCAAACACCUAAUUCGAACCACCCCAUUGGCUGCAUUGAAUUUGGCAAUUCUGGUGACAGGGGUCAUGUGGAAGAAGUUCAUUUUCCAAAUCAGGAUACACAAGAAUCUGAACAAAGCAACAUGUAUGUCCGACGAAGGGAGGGUCCUCGGUUGCGUGUUAAGAGUAUAGCAAUAAGAACUCCUUUUGCAGCAUUUAGUGGGAGGAAACGCAAUAAGUAGUUGGUUUAUAGAUUUGAUGUUUGUUGUAAUUUGGAUUUGUAUUGCUAAAUUUGGUUUUUUUUAUGUUUAGACAUUGUUGUCGUGAUUGAUGACAAUUUCCUUAUUUGGCU